AUGGACUGGACAACGUCUAACCACGUGGUGGUCUACAACAGCCCUGUCGUAAACGUCACGUACAACAUGGCGGACAACGUGACGUUUUGGCUUGAUAUCCUAGAGACGUUCCGACAGAGUGAGUUACUCACCGUUCGGGACACUUCUACAAUCGUCCUCCUUUGUCUUUAUAUUCCUGUCUUCCUUACUGCGGUCAUAGGAAACAUCGCCGUCCUCCUUGUUAUCAUUCCUAACAGGCGCAUGUGGAGCGUUACAAACAACUUCCUGUUGAACCUGGCCAUCGCCGACCUUCUGGUGACGUUCGUGUGUAUUCCGAUGACACUUGCCCAGAAGAUCUACCCGUUGUGGAUAUAUGGAGAAAUGCUGUGUAAAUUGACUCCGUAUCUCCAAGGUGUGUCCGUCACCGCCAGUACCCUUACCAUCACCACUAUGAGUAUCGACCGGUGUCUUGCCAUCAGACAUCCCAUGAAGUUCCGAAACGUCCGUACCACCAAAUAUGUCCGUAUCGUCAUCAUCGUCAUCUGGUGUGUGUCCUUCCUGCUGUCCGUACCUAUAUUAUUCGUCCGCAUCACAGUGUCACAUGAUAUUCUGCUCGGAACCGUGAUGACGUAUUGUAUGGAGGAGUGGGUUAAUAUCGCCAGCAGACAAGUUUAUGACGUCACACUUCUUUUCAUCAUCUGUAUCAUUCCAGGAACAACCAUCCUCGUAGCGUAUCUCCUAAUGGGCAAACGUUUAUGGGUCCCUGACCGGAAACUCAGUGACGACACCCGAAAGUCCGGAAGGGGUAAAAGGACAGAUAGCGAGCGGGAAAGAAGCCUUCGAAAUAUAACCAGAAACAGACGCCGACUGGCAAAACUGUGUAUUACCAUCGCUAUAGUGUUUAUAGCGUGUUGGACGCCAUACUUUGUGAUCAACACGUACUUGGACUUCAGCAUGGAUGUGCGCGCGGCCGAGCGCCUCAGUCCGUACAUGCUGCUCAUAGGUCACGUACAUUGUGUCACCAAUCCUAUCCUAUACUGUUUUCUACACAAAUCCUUCAGACAUUACGUCAUGAGGUGUAUAAUCAGAAGUGUGAAGAAGGAACCGUACAAAGGUGGAUUCGGACAGGGCUAUCUGACAUUCAACAAAUCGACACCAUUCCGGUCGUUCCACAGAAGUUCUAUCCGAUCCGCUAGUAUCCGGUCGAGGAGACGAUCCUCCUCGUCUUCCGGAAAUAACUCUCCACGGUUCGAAGGUAUGAAUGGUAGUCCAGUGACAAAGCAGCCUCUACCAGCGUUUGAUUACAGGAGGUCUGUGAUUGCGGAGAUUAACGAAAGUAGUGGCAACGAGGGCGAUGUGCACCAACGAAUUUUUAACAAUUCUAAACAACGGAAGUACCGGUCAUAUACAUUACACUACGGGAACACAGCAGGGCAGUACACAUUACACUACGGUUUUACGGGAACACAGCAUGGUCGCAGACAUGACACAGCUGGAACACAGCAGGGUCUUAGACAUUACUUUACGGGAACACAGCAGGGUCGUAAACAGUACACUUCGGCAACACAGCAGGGUCGUAAACAUUACACUACGGGAACACAGCAGGGCCGUAAACAUUACACUACGGGAACACAGCAGGGUCGUAAACAGUACACUUCGGCAACACAGCAGGGUCGUAAACAUUACACUUAG